AUGGACACUGCUAUCUCUGCCGAGACCACAGACUUCAGCGCAGCCUUCGCUUCGUCGACACAAUUCGAGCUUUCUGACACAUCACUUGCCACCGCGCCCUUGACAAGGCCGCCGCAGUCCUCAACGACCGCAACGAUAGCUACGACAAUCACUUCAACCAGGGAUGACGGACAGCUCGAGACGAUUCAGUCCACGGUCUACCAGGUUGCAGAUCCAACUGCAUCGCCUGCCACAAAUACAGAGCUUGCAAGUCCAGGGGGAAGCACAAUGUCUUCGGGGGCAGUGGUGGCUGUGGCUAUCUGUGUGACGCUGGCAGCAGUCACAGGGCUCUUGCUGACCUGGCACUUCGUGCGUCGACACCGCAAGAGGAAAGCCAGAGAAGCUGCAGAAGACGAGGGACAAAUUGCCGAGAAAGACGGCUCAGAGAGGUCAGAGCUUUGCGGCGCCUCAAGGCCACAUGAAGCACCGAACAACAUUGCCCAUGAGAUGUAUGUUCCGCCAUAUGAGAUACUUGGGGAACCGAUUGAAGGCCCAGUGGAGCCCAUGAAGCUAGUGCCAGACGUGGAGUACUCUCAUACAUCUGGCGAUUCGCAAGUAGUAGAGGAUGGGUACGCGAAGUCCGUGUCGAGUGACGGACGGUUUUGGAAGCGCAAGUGGCUCAAUGCACUCCCAUGGUUCAAGAGGCGGUCCAGGAGCAGGUGA